CCCCGUCGCCUUCCUGCGGCCCCGGCCCCAUCGCCUACCUGCGGCCCUACGGCCCCGUUGCCUACAUGCGGCCCUACAGCCUCAUUGCCUACAUGCGGCCCCGUCCCCUACCUGCGGCCCCGUCGCCUCACUACGGCCCCGGCCCAGUCGCCCACCUGCGGCCCCGGCCCCGUCGCCUCCUUGCGGCCCCAGCCCCGUCGCCACCUGCGGCCCCGCCCACUUGCGGCCCAGUCGUCACCUGCGGCCCCGUCGCCACAUGCGGCCCCGUCGCCCGCUGCGGCCCCGUCGCCAUCUGCGGCCCCGCCACCUUCGGCCCCGUCGCCACCUGCGGCCCCGCCUACCCUUGCGGCCCCGUCGUCCACCACGGCCCCGUCGCCACCUGCGGCCCCGCCCACCGUGGCCCCGUCGCUCACUGCGGCCCCGUCGUCACCUGCGGCCCUGCCACCUGCGGCCCUGUCGCCACCUGCGGCCCCGUCGCCCACGUCGGCCCCGAUGCCACCUGCGGCCCCGCCCACUUGCGGCCCCGACCCCGCCCCGGCCAUGCACUGUCGUCAGCCGCGGCACACCGGGGGCACGUGCACCGCCCCCCCCCCCCCCCCCCCCUUUUCCCGUCACCUGUCGAGCUGCAGGGGGAGUGCAUGGCCGGGGCGGGGUCGGGGCCGCAAGUGGGCGGGGCCGCAGGUGGCAUCGGGGCCGACGUGGGCGACGGGGCCGCAGGUGGCGACAGGGCCGCAGGUGGCAGGGCCGCAGGUGACGACGGGGCCGCAGUGAGCGACGGGGCCACGGUGGGCGGGGCCGCAGGUGGCGACGGGGCCGUGGUGGACGACGGGGCCGCAAGGGUAGGCGGGGCCGCAGGUGGCGACGGGGCCGAAGGUGGCGGGGCCGCAGAUGGCGACGGGGCCGCAGCGGGCGACGGGGCCGCAUGUGGCGACGGGGCCGCAGGUGACGACUGGGCCGCAAGUGGGCGGGGCCGCAGGUGGCGACGGGGCUGGGGCCGCAAGGAGGCGACGGGGCCGGGGCCGCAGGUGGGCGACUGGGCCGGGCCGUAG